GCAUUUUCAGGCUCUUCGCGGAGUCGAAACGCAACAUAACCCCAUCCCCUCCUACUUCUCCAAGUAGACGGCCACUUUCGUUCAAGCUAGUAGAUACAAACCAGCGUCUCUACGAUUCCGCGCGUUCCUUGUUUCUCUUCAUUCUGAACCUGGAUCGUGAGCGGUUGACGCAGACAGGGCGGACGGGCUAUAACCGUUCCUGGGAGACCGGACCCACUGACGAUGUUGUCGAACCUCGUUCCUCAUCGAAGAAAGCCCGAUAUGACAUAGAGGGUCCAGAAGGGAAAACAGACGAAAUCCUUCCGGCUGUUGAUCUCAUCACCGCAACCAAGCAUCAAAAAAUUCUCGACCAGCUCCCCGCGGGAGCAAUUUUCGAGCUGGCGAGAGUUUACAUUUCACAGGGAAAAGACACAAGUGAAUUGGACGUAAAAUGGCUUCUCAGUCUACAGACGGCUCACAAGGACUGUCUGCCCCUGAUCGCCAAACUUGCCGGGCACUCCCU